GAUUGACCGCCCGCGGUUGCUACUCCGUUAUUGCCAGAUCAGCUGUAAUUACACAGAGAACCAACAGAUGAUGCUUGGGACCAACAUGCAUCCUCAAUGUGUAAAAACCGGUGACCUUAAUCUUUAUAUUAGGCAAUACCAGUGCCGGCCGCAUCCGAAUGCAGGUCAAAGAAGGAAUUUGUAUAGGAAAAUGUUGACGUGAUACUCGCUUAUUGGAAGCCGAGAACACCUCUGCACUUCCACGAGAAAUCACUGGGAUGUUGGAGAAAGGGCAAGUAACCACACCGGAAAAAUACUACAUUUUAUCCUCCGAUGAGAUUUACGAAGUUCGCGACUCAAAUGCACCGUAUGUAACUGGAUUUUCGUUCCCCUUAGUCGAACCGGAGGAAGUCGAGAGACUCGAGAAUUCGGUCUCUCAAAACGAUCGCAUCCGCGAGGAAUAUGUAAACUUUUUGACUCGCAAGAAACCUGCUGGAAUGUCGAUAGUUCAAUUUCUUCCAAUGGUUUUCUCGGACGAAGCUCUGGAUGGAUAUAAUUACAACGGAUCUAAUGCGCUCGGAAAAUGCAAAUUGCCCAUGAAAGGGUAUGACAUAUUUUCGCACUGCUUUAUUGGUAAGUCUAGCUCAGAACGUCUUAAGUUUGUAAUUGCAAUUCCACCGUUGAAAUACUGAUUCCUAUUUUAUCUAAGAACUAUGUAAUUGGGAUCUUAUUUCAAUUAAAUUAAAUUUUAAAACCGUUCCAUGAGAAUACUUUGUUAUAAUUUGAAAUGUUUCAGACAUUGAAUUUACCUGCGAUGAUUCUGUCACAUAGCUGAAGCGAGAUUUUUAUGUUUUGACCGGUCCUGGCCAAAAAUGAGACCCCCUCCCCACAAAAAGGGGAGAAUCAUGUGAAGACAAGCUGUUAUUGUAUCUUUUAGUGUUGCUUACACUCUUGAUGUUACAUUAAAGAGAUUUCAAGUAAGGUAAUUUAACGUCGUUAUAAACCUAUUUUAGUAUUGUAGGGGAAAACGACAUGUUUCUGACAUUUUACGUAGAUCAGACACCCGCCAAACGAUUUCUAAGACUUUUUUCUCAAUAUAAGACAUAAUUUGACUACCACUUUUAGAAAUUAGCGCAUUACGAUCAAUGAUUAUCAUACUCCAUAUUAUUUUGCUUUGUGGAAUAUAUUAAAACCAUACCAAAACCGUUUUCGUAGAAUCAUCGUUUUGUGCCCAAUUUUUGUUCGAUUUAAGAUCUGUUUUUUUUAAGGUAGGUAAGAAGAUGCUAAUAUGUGGUCAAACUCUCGAAAUUUCGAUAUUUGGCUUUGGCGUCGAAAAAACAUCAAAAAUUUCCGAUUUCUCAAAAAUUCGAAAUGGCGCCAUUGUUGCGGCUUAAGUUGAAAUAUAUCCAAACUCGGGGAAAUUUGUUUUCGCAUCAAACUACAUCAAAAAAUCAUACAUGGAAGACGGAACCAUUUACAGCAAAAAUUAGAAUAUAUUUGUCCUGUUGCGUUUCUUAGCCCUUCUAGGCUAAAUUUUGACUAGAUUUAUUUCAUUUGUGGCUUUUCUGGUCUAAGCUGCUGAAUUUGAAAUUAUUUUUGUUAUUUUUUUGCUGGCAUUAUUUAUGUUUAAUCCCUUAAAUAAAGCAUAGUAAAGCAUAGAUAGACUGCCCGCAGUUGCACUCCGUGGUUGAUCAAACCAACAGAAUUGCAAAAUGAACCAGACUAAUGGUGCUUGGGACCUAGGAUCAACGUUACAUUCUCAUUGUGUAAUUUUCACUGGUUCGAAAUACUUUUACAACUAACCAAGAACGACGCUGGCCACGACCAAAAGGCGGUACUACUUGGGAAGAAGAGGGAUGGUGAUGCUCGUUUGGUUUAGAGACCGCGGGUUCCACUGCAUCACUACGAGUAUAACAGGGUAGAAUUUGUGAUCAUAUGAAAAAGAACAGCUUUUCUCCUUUUUGGUAAAUGAUACUCUACGUUACGCGAAAUUAAACUUUAAAUAUCACAAAGGCUGUUGUGUGGGCUAAUUAGAAUUAUAGAUAUUUACCAACUCAAUAGCUUCAACAUCACCAGUUUUCCUUAGAAAAUCCUGGGAGCAUAUCAGUUACUAAAAAUAUCUAAAACUACUGAAUACCACCUAACUAUUACGCAGCAAUUCUUCCAUUAACUAUAUUAACGCGUUAUGUAAAUAAUCCUCCAUUUUCAUCGAUGAAAUCUAAGAUAGAAUAGAAAUAUGCAGGAAAGAAUACUUAGCCUUAUUUAUAAACCAUAUUUGCGCCGUCUAGGGUUCUAUUACAAACAUCAAUUCGAAUUUAUACUUUUCCACAAUCCUGCGACUUCCACUCACUCACUGAACUAACACGUUUAACAGCUCACUGGCUUAUUAUCACAGCAAAUUGUUACACUUGGCACUAGUGGCAUAUGUAGCUUAAUAAAUUUAUGUAUAUACUUCUGUUGUCGGUUUGUAUUUAUAAUUUUCCUGUAAAAACACGGACGCGA